AUGGCCCGGCGGGACCCAGAGGACAGGGCCUGGCCCAAGCUCUCCAGGCCGCCUGGGGCGAGCUGGGAAUCGCAGGCGGGUCUCCCAGGCGAGCGCCCCGACCCCGGGGUCCCCAGGUCCCCGUCCAGCCCCACGGUGCCCCUCAGGCGGGCAGCCCGGAGCAGGGGAGCUGAGCGGGGGGGGCUGCAGGACUGGGGGGCCCAGCGUGGGGUCGGGGAGCAGCCGGAGCUGGCGGGCGCUUUGCUGGCCCUGGUCCUGCUGGUUCCCCCCGGACACGGAUUUCUGAUCCCCGGACCGGACGCGCUCUCCCGGAUGGAGCGAGGGGCAGAGCCGGGGAUCCCGGGCCCCCGGGGCGCUGAGGAGACCCCGAGAGACGCCCGCACAGGCGAGGGGCUGGUGAGUGAGACCGAGGAGAAUCCCGAACAGGACGGUCCGCAGCCAGCAGAACUGUAUGGGACGUUCCCGGGACGUUCCCAGAGCCCUCAGCGGGGAGCGGCCUGCGAGCGUCAGGAAGACAAUGCCACGGCGGAGAGACUGGGUGAGUCGGCGCCGUACAGGGCGGAUUUCACAGGUCCCCACAGCACUGUGGCCCAGCCCAGAGCCUCCCCAGGAGACAGACUCUUCACGUGUCCCGAGUGCGGGAAGGGCUUCGGCCAGAGCGCGCACCUCAUCCGGCACCAGACGGUGCACACAGGGGAGCGGCCCUACAAGUGCCCCGAGUGCGGGAAGGGCUUCAGCCAGAGCUCGGACCUGACCACGCACCGGCGCGUCCACACGGGCGAGGAGCCCUACGCCUGCGCCGAGUGCGGCAAGCGCUUCGCCCAGAGCUCCAACCUGAUCCGGCACCAGCGCACCCACACGGCCGAGACCCCCUACCGCUGCCCCGACUGCGGCAAGCGCUUCCGCCGCAGCUCCCACCUCGUCAUGCACCAGCGCACCCACACCGGGGAGCGCCCCUACCGCUGCCCCGACUGCGGCAAGCGCUUCAGCCACAGCUCCCACCUGCACCGGCACCAGCGCAUCCACACGGGCGAGCGCCCCUACAAGUGCCCCGACUGCGGCAAGAGCUUCGGCGUCAAGUCCACCCUGGUGACGCACCGGCGGGUGCACACGGCCGAGCGGCCCUACGCCUGCGCCGACUGUGGCCGGGCCUUCGCCCAGAGCUCCACCCUCAACCGGCACCGGCGCACGCACGCGGCCGAGCGCCCCUACCGCUGCCCCGACUGCGGCAAGAGCUUCAUCCAGAGCUCCAACCUGGUCACCCACCUGAUCCUGCACACGGGCGAGCGCCCCUUCCACUGCCCCCGCUGCCAGAAAACCUUCAGCCAGAGCUCCAACCUCAGCCGUCACCAGAGGACCCACGUGGGGCGCCGAGCCCGCCCCUGCCCCGAGUGCGGGGAGAGCGUCCCGCGCGGCGCCGGCCUGUCCGCCCACCAGAGACGCCACGCGGGACAGGAGACGCCCUCGCCGCCCUGCUAG